AUGACCACGAUUAAUACACAUGUCACAACAAAGGAUGUGAGCGGGUUAUCGUUGAUAGCUGCUCAUUCGCACAUCACGGGACUCGGUUUGGAAGACAACUUGCAACCUAAAGAGAAUGCACAAGGCUUAGUUGGCCAGAUCCAAGCUAGAAAAGCUGCUGGUGUCAUCUUGAAGAUGGUCCAGGCAGGUAAGAUUGCCGGAAGAGCUGUUUUGAUUGCCGGUCCACCAUCUACUGGUAAGACAGCGAUUGCUUUGGGUUUGUCGCAAAGUUUGGGAUCCGAAGUUCCAUUUACUGCACUUGCAGCAUCUGAAGUUUACAGUUUAGAGAUUUCCAAAACAGAGGCAUUGACCCAGGCAUUUAGGAAAUCGAUUGGUGUUCGUAUCAAAGAGGAAACAGAAAUUAUUGAGGGUGAGGUGGUUGAGAUUCAAAUUGAUCGUUCUAUCACCGGUGGCCACAAGCAAGGUAAACUCACCAUUAAAACCACAGACAUGGAGACUGUUUAUGAAUUGGGAAACAAAAUGAUUGAAGGGUUAACGAAAGAAAAAGUUCUUGCUGGUGAUGUCAUUUCCAUCGACAAAGCUUCAGGAAGAAUCACAAAGCUCGGUAAAUCAUUUACACGAGCAAGAGAUUAUGAUGCAAUGGGACCAGAGACCAAGUUUGUGCAGUGUCCAGAAGGAGAGUUGCAGAAGAGAAAAGAAGUCGUGCACACUGUGUCGUUGCAUGAGAUUGAUGUUAUAAACUCUAGACAACAGGGUUUUUUGGCAUUGUUCUCUGGUGAUACUGGAGAGAUCAACUCUGAAGUUAGGGAUCAGAUCAACACCAAGGUUGCAGAAUGGAAGGAAGAAGGUAAGGCGGAAAUUGUUCCUGGUGUUUUGUUUAUUGACGAGGUUCACAUGUUGGACAUCGAGUGUUUCUCAUUCAUAAAUAGAGCUUUGGAAGAUGAUUUCUCACCAGUGGUAAUGAUGGCUACUAACCGAGGUGUUAGUAGAACUAGAGGUACAGAUUACAAGUCGCCACAUGGUAUACCAUUGGACCUCUUGGACAGAUCUGUGAUUAUCCAUACUACAACAUACUCCGGAGAUGAGAUUCGUACAAUCUUGUCCAUAAGAGCCACUGAGGAAGAAGUUGAAUUGAGUGCUGAUGCAUUAGCUCUUUUGACUAAAAUUGGACAAGAAACUAGCUUGAGGUAUGCUAGCAACUUGAUCUCGGUUGCACAGCAGAUAGCAUUGAAAAAGAGAAAUAAUGAAGUGAGCUUGCAAGAUAUCAAGAGAGCUUACAUGUUGUUCCUAGAUUCUGAUAGAUCCGUGCAGCAUUUGGAGCAAAAUGCUUCUCAAUAUAUUGAUAACUCUGGAAAUGUCACAAUUGGAAAUCGAGAUUUCAAACAUGAGAGUGAAACACCUGCACCUGCACCUGUACCAAAUCCAACCCCAGCACCAUCAGCACCAUCAGCAAGCUCUGUACCGGUUCCUGAGAUAUCCACCAAUGGGUCCAAUCCAGAAGCUUCUGCCGUCGAAGCCACCAGUGAGGUCAAACCAGAAGAGAAGAAAGACGAGGACAAAAUGGAAAUCACAACCGAUUAG